UUAGGUUUUGUUGAUAUUUGUAUUUUAUAAGUAAAAAUACGAUUCCUUCUAAGUUUAAUUAUUUGUAUUAGUUAUGAGUUAUUAUAUCGUAAUUAGAGAAAAAAGAAAUGAAGACACUCCUGCAGUAUCGGAAGUUGUCCGUAGCGGUUAUUUGUCUACUGUUACAAAUUCUUGGAUAAAUGCUUUAUUUCAAGAGAUAACAUUCCAAUUAAUGGUGCUAUCAUCUGCCUUUCUUUAUAUAUGUUUUGGAGUACCAUUGCAAUAUAGCUUGAUGUCAAUACCCAUUGUUUUAUUAGGUACAUAUAUUGUUAUAUACUUAUCUUUAUUUAUGAAAUCUGCCCAAAUUUUGUACGAAAAACCAACCUUAAACUGUUGGGUAGCUGAAGCAUAUGAACCUUAUUUUUUUAUGAAGAAACCAGAAACCUGUUGGUAUAAAAUUAUCCAGGAAGAUGAUAUUGAAAUGAAGGUUAUUAAUAAGGAAGGCUAUCAUAGAAAGAUUAUAGGGACAAUAGCUGUGAUGCAGCAUUUACAAAAAGAAGACUGGGCUUGGUUGUUCAGAUUAGUUGUUGACCAAAGAUACCGACGGAAAGGAAUAGGAUUAAAAUUGGUAAAUGUCGUAAAAGAUUGGUGUAAGCAUAAUCAUUUUAAUAGCAUUGAACUCGCCAUAAGUGAAUGCCAAGAAGGAAGUAGAGAACUUUUUAAUAAUGCUGGGUUCGAAGUAAAACAAAUGUACCACAAAAAGUUAUUCAGUUCAGCUGUGACGUUGCAGAUGUUCCAGUUAAUGUGUGAAGUAAGAUCGACUUUCUGAAAUAUUAAGACUGUUUAAAACAUUCCGAACUUCAGCGUUUCUUUUGAAUAAAAAUAAUUAUUUUAAAAAUACAAAUGAUAAAGUUUUGUAUUUAUUUUUAAUAAAAAUUAUACAACAUA